AGAAACAGAGACCAUGGAUGCCAGGUGGUUUGACUACCCAGCCUCUGGAGACUUGCCAGAUGAUGAAGAUAUUGGUGACUUCAAACCUCGCUUAACUACUGAUGGGUUAGAUGAAUACGAGGCAUCUGGUUCUGGAGACUACAUAGACUCUGAAGAUGCCAUGUUCCCAACCACCGUGGAUAGUCCUGUGAUAGCUGACAACUAUAUCCCUGGAGAUACUGAGCGAAAGAUAGAAGGUGAGAACAAAAACACGAUGGUGGACAAUGAAAUCAUUCCACACGAAGCCUUACCUGUUGAAGAGAACCUGUCCAACAAGAUCUCCAUGGCAAGCACAGCCAACGGCAGCAUCUUUGAAAGAACAGAAGUGCUUGCAGCUCUCAUUGCAGGAGGCGCAGUGGGCCUCCUGUUUGCAGUCUUCCUGAUCCUCCUCUUAGUCUAUCGUAUGAAGAAAAAGGACGAAGGCAGUUAUGAUCUUGGGAAGAAACCAAUCUACAAGAAAGCCCCUACGAAUGAAUUCUAUGCUUAACAGCACCUUGUGCCCAUCAAGAGACAAACAGACUGCUUGGAAACAGUAUGCCCUCCGAUGAGACAUGCUGAAAAAAAUGUUCUUUUUGGAUUCAAUUUCAAAGCAACUUUGAGGGGAAAAACCCUUUCUACAUGACCCUUUCCAUCCUGCUCAGCUAUCAAGGGCCCAAUGAAAUACAAAGAGUCUGAAAAAACUGUUUUGUCUAAAGCUAGUAUAACAAUAAUAAAAAUGCCAAAUU